GAGCACAGCAGCACCAUGAACGCACUGGGAUUCCUUGCAACCAUUGUUGUCCUCGCCACGGCUGUUAACGCCGGCUUCUUCGGUGGCUACGGAGGCUACGGAGGAUAUGGUGGCUACGGCGGCGGCUAUGGCGGUUACGGUGGCUACGGCCUUGGACAUGGAUACGGAGGCUACGGGGGAGGCUAUGGCCUCGGACUUGGAUAUGGAGGCUAUGGUGGAUACGGCAAAGUUAUUAGUAUUGGAUACGGAGGAUACGGUGGAUAUGGCGGCUAUGGUGGAUACGGUGGCUACGGAGGCUAUGGCGGCUACGGCGGCUACGGAGGCUAUGGCGGAGGUUACGGGAAAUACUGGUAGAUACAUCUUCGCUGCAUUGUAACCACUCCACUUCUGUAUACUCGGCAUGCAAACAUCAUCACACAAGUUUUACGAAAUUUCUGUGAAGUAAAGGCUACAAUAAAUGGCCUUUUUCUACAAACA